UUAAUCAAAACUUAAAUAUUUUUAUCAGUCAUUUAAUUAAAAAUCAAUAGAAAAAUAUUUAUUAUCAGCUAGGUUAAUAAAUAGGUAAAGGAAUAAGCAGUAAAAAUGGGAAAUUAAUUAGGCUAAACAGUUUAGAGUAGAUAGUUUAUCGACUAAAAUCUAAAGGAUUUCGAAUACUAAACCAUAUUCGUAGAAGAAAUAGAUGACAAAUGUUUUGGGUAGGUGAGAAUACAUAAGAGAAGAAAUACUUUUUAGGGAAAUGGAAAUAUCUUUAUUAUGGAAAAAGCAAACCAUCUUGAUUAGAAAGUGGAAUAUGCAUAACUUUAUGCUGAGUCAUAAGCGCGUCUUGAGUUAUAGCACAAGAAUUUAUUGUAGUUUUUGGGAUAUGAUUUCGUUAAUUAAAAAGAUUUUUGUACAACAUCACUUAGAAGUAGACUCUUUUUUGAAUAUUACUACCAUGAUCUAGGCUUAGAAGUUUAAAGAAGAAGUGAUUGUUAGGAAUAUUUUAAUGAAGACGAGUUAUGGUAUAUCCUUGAUUCAUUGGUUUAAGUAUGUAGCUUUUUGCAAGAAAAUUAAUUGUUUCAUGGAGAUUUAAGACCUUAAAGUGUUAAGCUUACUUAAGAAGGCUUUGUAAAAAUAGGAGACCACGGUUUAAUAAAUCCUUUGAAAAAUGGGUUUUAUAAAACUCUAAUUAGAGCUGAAAAUGGUUAUUUGAGUCCUGAAUAACUUUCCUUUUUGAUGCUAGGUUUAACUGAAGCAAAAUAUAAUGUUUUUAAGCAAGAAGUAUUUACAUUAGGCUUAACCAUUUUGUAGAGUGCUACACUCAGAGAUGUUUCAUAAGUGUAUGAUUGGGAUAAGAUGCUUGUGAAAGUAGAUGUUUUGAAGUAGCUCAUUGAAUUCGCUGCUAGUUUUUAUAGCUAAGAAUUUAUAGCUGUAAUUAACUUAAUGUUAUAAUUUGAAGACGCUUAUCGUCCUGAUUUCAUUUAGUUAAGGUAAUAUGUUAAAAACGAAAAUAACAAUCGUCCUGGCUAGUUAAUAACUCAUGCUCCACUCUAGCAAUCAAAUAUUACACCUCAAGUGCUUAGUCCACCAACUAAUUUAAUAAAUACUAAUCCCUUAGUGAUACAAAGCCCUCCAAUCAACAGUCAAUUGGUUUAAACUUCUGCUCUUUAUCCAGCAGGUCUAUAAUCAACAGUCAACGUAACAGGACCUUUGGUAUAAUAGUAUCCUUCUUAAAUUCAAUAAACCGUAAUACCAUAAGUUAAUCCUCACUUGCAAAGUACUGUUGUUGUACCUGGCCUUUAGCAUUCGUUAAUGCCUCAAAGCCAGGUAAUAAUGCAUCCUCCUACAUAGAAUGUAGUACAAUCUUAAGUUAUAGUGCAAAGGCCACUAAUGUAAUCUAAUAGUUAAGGAUUACCUAUCUAGACAGUAUUUUAAAAUUAACCAAAAAUAUAAGGUUAAUAAUAAAUAAACUAACUCCCUCGAGUGAUGUCAAAUAAUACUUUGGUCACUAAUUAAGUUUAGUAGCCUUAACAAGUUUUAUAUAAAUAAGAUACCUUUGGAAACUAUUAAGAGGGAGGAAUAGAAAAUUAUAAGAAAUCAGUAAAAUUUAAUGAAAACACAGAUAUAUUGACUGAAACAUAUAAAGUUAGAUAAAGUCAUCAUAACGAGUAUUCAAAUUUAAAGCGUUCAUAAAUUCAAUUUAAUACUGACCUUGAUAGACGUGUUUAGGAAGCACUCGAAAUGACUAGAUAAACUAUAAAGAAAAACUAGUAAGUCCCUAAUAUUUUUAAUGAAGACUCUCCAAUAAAAAAAUAUGACCAUAAAGAAUGA